AUGAAUGGUCUCAACAACUCGGAACACGAUGACCACGAACAACCCUCGGAGAGAACUGCACUGCUUGCUAAUAUAAAUGCCCCCCCUCAUCUAGAUGCGUUUGAAUACCCUCCCAUAGAGCCUGUCAUCUUGCAGAUCACUGCCAAAGGAAUCUCUUCUUGCGGCAGUUCAGACUGGUGCCCUAAUCCCCUCUCGUCGCUUGCCGUGCAAACAGCAUUCUCUCUCGUUGUCCUGCUUGAACUCCGGAAGAUUGUUAGUUCUGGAGCAAGCCGCUCUCAACAAAUUUGGGAGCAGUGGUCGCAGGAGCAAGAGGACGCUGAGACUUUGCAAUACUUGGACCAUCACGUACUCUCGGUUUGGUCGGAGUUCCUUAGCGAAGAGCGUUCCGCCGAGGAGAUUGAGAGUGCAUUAUGGCAGCCAUUUCCUGUCAGACACGAAAGUCUGCGUUUGCUGAGAGUCGUAGAUUUUCUCUGCUACCGAGGCGCACCGCGGGAACUUCUGGAACAUCGAAUAGUCUAUUUUAGUUUUAUCCAGACGUGGAAGUACGGCCGUCGAAUUCAGGGCAGAAACCCCGCUCUAAGCGUACGUCUGAUUCGUAUCUAUGAUGCACUCUGCACGCCCAGAGUGUUACAUGCAGUAGCCCUUGUUCUUCACUUGUCCUACCUCGCCUUACUUACACACUUCGUGCUGUUCCCGCCCGUGCGGUCUGUGAGCACCGUCAGAUCACCGACGCCAGAUCUGCGAGAGGCACUCCUCAUGAUAUAUUCUGGCGCAAGAUUACUUCAAACUUGGUCGUUGGGCACAUGCCCGUUCCUGCUCGUGCUACUGGUGUUCUUAUAUUGCUUGCCCUCAGUCCCCUUCCCGGACGGUCUCGCAUACAGCGUGCUUCUGUUCGCGUUCUCGUGGAACGUGAUAGAACUCCACAUCCCCCGCGCUCCCAGCCCUAUAUUCCUAUUCCCUUUUCCGCGAAUCCUGCCCCUGGCUGUCUUGAUUUGGCAGGGAAUAUCGCGCAUAUUCUUCCCGGUCGUCAUGUUCUUCCUUCCAGCACUCCUCCUUUCCUUAUUUCUGUUAUCGACAUCGCUCUCGGAUAUAUUCUCUCAUCUCUUAACGGUGGACAGUCUGGAUCCUGCCCCGAUGGAGACACGCGUGGCGUUCAUUUCUCUCUUCGCUGUCAUUUUCUCGCUGCUACUCUGCUCCAUCAUCAUGCUCGUGCUGGUAUAUCCUUCUUUGCCUCUAGAUACACAGGCACAUAGCCCAUGGGACCAGUACUCGAAGCCGGUUGGUCUCGAAGCGCGCAGGGCGCUCGUACGCAUCGUUGUUGCGUACUGCGCACCAUACGCGUUUCCCGCCCCCUUCAAUCUAGUGGAACUCCUUACCGUCCGGCUGCCAGUUUCAUUAGCGACAGUGUUGGGUUGGAAGGAGGUCGCUAUGCGGUUUGAGGUGGUGGAAAGAGUGUUUUGGAGGAUGACGAUUGGACCGAUAGCAGCCAUGGUUGCGGGAGGAUGGGUUUGGGGACUGCGCGACCCUAGAAGAGGAUAUGGUCACUACCACUGA